AUGGGGGUUGAUUACUACAACGUACUCGACGUGAAUCCAAGUGCAAGUGAAGACGAUCUAAAGAAAUCGUACAGAAGACUUGCAAUGAAAUGGCACCCUGACAAGAACCCAACUUCAAACAAGAAAGAAGCUGAAGCUAAGUUCAAACAAAUCUCUGAAGCUUACGAUGUUUUAAGUGAUCCUAACAAACGUCAGAUUUAUGAUCAAUACGGUGAAGACGGACUUAAGUCUUCCGAUGUACCUACCGCGGAAACGGCGUCGUCUCAGCAACGAAACUACUCUUCCGCUGGAUUCAGGUAUUAUCCACGUGAUGCUGAAGAUAUUUUCGCUGAGUUUUUUGGUGCAUCUGAAAAUGUCUUCGGCGGUGGGAGGUAUAGAAGUGCGGACGCGGGAGGUCAGACGAAUAGGAAAACUCCGGUGAAUAGGAAAGCUCCGGCGAUUGAGAGUAAACUUGCUUGUACUCUUGAAGAAUUGUAUAAAGGUGGGAGAAGGAAGAUGAAAAUUUCCCGCGUUGUUCCUGAUGGUUUUGGAAAGUCAAAGCCAGUGGAAGAGAUCUUGAAGAUAGAUAUAACACCAGGAUGGAAGAAAGGAACAAAGAUAACAUUCCCUGAGAAAGGAAACCAAGAACCCGGUGUUACACCCGCGGAUCUCAUCUUUGUUAUCGAUGAGAAACCACAUUCAGUUUACAAAAGAGACGGUAAUGAUCUGAUUGUAGACAAGAAAGUUUCACUUUUGGAGGCUUUGACAGGGCUCACUCUUAGCUUAACAACACUAGAUGGGAGGAAUCUGACUAUCCCGGUUUUGGAUAUCGUGAAACCGGGUCAGGAGAUAGUGAUUCCUAAUGAAGGAAUGCCCAUCUCUAAAGAACAUUCCAAGAGAGGAGAUUUAAUAAUCAACUUUGAGAUUUGUUUCCCCUCAAGGCUAACUUUGGAACAGAAGACAGAUCUCAAGAGAGUCCUUGGUGGAACCGGUACUAACAACUAGUUUCAAGUAAGCUCUUGAAUUCUAAUGUCAAUUCAGCGUACAUAUACAGAUUGAUCCUUUUUCGGGUUUUGAUAUCAUCUCUUUAUGGCGAAAUACUAAACAGGAUUGAUCGUUUUUGGUUGGAAAAUUUCUCCUUAAUGUAAUCUAU